UUACCAUUUGCUACAUUAUUGCAAGCAACAUUUGACAUUUUUCAAAAUGUGGCAAGAAGAUCCUAAUGAAACGCUCGAUGAUGAUAUCAUUGAUUACAUUGUUCAUGAACAUAUUAUCUUUUUGAUUGAUUACGACAAAAGGAUGCAGACAAAAUAUCUUUCCAAAUGUCUAGAGACUUAUCAAAAAAUUGCUAAGAAAAAAUGUUCUUCCAAUAAACAAGAUCAUAUGGGAAUUAUUUUGUAUAAUACAAAAAAGUCUAAUACCGAUGGUGAACAUGUUAUGACUUUGCAAAAAUUUGAUCUGGUCACAGUAGAUACUUUAAAAAAUGUCAAAAUUUUGUUACAGAAUAUUGAUUCAAUUGGUGAACCUGACGAUUCUGGCAAAAAUUCUUCUCCUCUAGAUGCUUUAACUUAUGCAUUACAAAUUCUAAAUUCUUCUCAGAAAGAAAAAAAUGUACAUAGAAAAAUUAUUCUUUGCACUUGCAAUGAUAAUCCUGUUAUUGAUACUCCUGAAAGACACCGCAUCGAAAAUCUAGUUUCCACAUUCAAGGAUAAUAAAAUCAAACUAAUGGUAGUAGGUUUUCAGAACUCUUGGAAAGAUGAAAUAUUUUACAAAGACUUGCAAAUCAUUUCCAAGACAUUUACAGAAGAUAGUUAUAGACGCAUUUGUUUAGAUGACCUAGAGUAUAGUAUUUCAUAUGCUACUAAAAGUGUUUGUAAAGUCCCAUGGAAGUUCAGUCCAAAAAUCACCAUUGAAGUUUCUAUAAAAGUCAUUAAUUCAUCUGUUAUGGCAUCACUACCAAAAAUCAAUGUAUUAAAAAAGACUAAUGAGCCAGUGGAUGUAAAACACAUCAUUGCAAGUAAUUCUUAUGAAGAUUUUCAACCUCAUGAUACAGUGAAAGAGAAAGAUGCAUUUGACAGGAAAGAAAUUAUUUAUUCAAAAAAAUUUGGGGGUUCAGAAAUUGAUUUUACAGCGAAUGAAAUGAAGAAAUUCAAAAAUUGCAAUUUGGAACCAGCUAUUGAAAUAUUAGGUUUCUCACCUGUAAUGUGUGAUCCAAUAAUGCACAGAGCUCCUGCGCAUUUUUUGUCUUAUACUUCUGAUUGCAAUGAAGAAAGUAGAGAUUUCUUUUCAAUAUUUGUAAGUAGAUGUGCAUCUAAAAAAGUAAUGGCUACAUGUAAAGUUAUUACAAAAGCAUAUGUAUCUUUUUGUAACAUGAUUCCAAGUGAAGAAGAUGGUGGAUUUUACAUGUACAGACUUCCUUUUAAAGACGAAGUUCGUUUUUUGGAUACUUUAUUGCAAGAUUUUAUAUAUAAUUCUGAUAAAAAAUGUGAUCUUGAUGAAACGACAAUCCCAUUUUUUAUGGAACUAAUGAAAAUGUCAAAGUUUGAAUACAGUCCUAAACUGUUUAGUAAUCCCAAAUUUGACAAAUGUGUUGCUCAUAUUGAAGCACUGGCAUUAGAAGAUAGACAGAGUCCUGCAAUAACAGAUACAACUCUUCCAAAAAAUUCAUUUAGCUCAGAAGUAGUUGAAAUAGAAAGGAAAUUAAUUAAACAGCUGAAUUUAAAAGAUAUUGCAACUUACCAAAUGGCGCAACAGCUUAAGCGAAAAAGAACUUCAAAUAAGGAUGAUAGUGAUGUUCUAGCAAAAAUUAAUAGAUAUGAUUUUCAGUCACUGGCUGAAAAUGAUAAGCUUGGUAAUCUUACUGUACCAGAAUUGAAAGCAUUUUUAGCUGGAGUUCGCCAGCCCUUUUCAGGGACUAAACCCAAGUUGAUAUCUAAUAUCAAAGCUUACUACGGAAUUUCUUGAAAUGAAUCUAUGAAUUUUCAAAAACAAUAUUUUCUUGAUUAUUUUUUAUAUUUUUUCUUAUUUUUCUAUGGUUUUUGUUUAUGUAACAAAGAAAAAAUUUAAUUACUUUUAAUUACCAAAGUGCCGAUUUUUUAGCAGCUACAUUGAAUACAUAAUACAAUGUAAAGAGUACAUUCUAUCAAUAAAAUUGAAAUUCUAUCUCUAGAUACGUUUUAAAAUUU